CAGCAUCAAGCACAAGUGAUAGGAGAGUGCGCGGCACAGAGGUCUUUCUUCGGUGUCCUCGCCCACUCUAUCUGGUCGAUCACACCAGCACCAGCCAGUCCUCGCAGUCGUAUUCCCAUUUAAAAUCUCAAAUCAAUUACCAGUUAUCCAGAGAAUAGACUAAUCAAUCGAUAAAUAAAACUGAAAAAAAUCGUCACACCAUGGAGGAUAAAAAAGUCGAGCAGUAUUACACACCACCACCAAAACUUGGAAAAUGGGAGGCAUUUUCUACCUUCUUGUACAACUCCGAGACAGGACAGUUCCUGGGUCGAACUGGCUCCAGUUGGGCCAAAAUUCUGCUGUUUUAUGUGAUUUUCUAUGGAGUAUUAACGGGAUUCUUCGGGGCGUUGUUGGCGGUGUUUUAUCAGACCCUCGAUCCUCAACAACCAAAAUGGCAGUUGGAUCGUUCGUUAAUUGGUAAUAAUCCAGGACUUGGUUUCCGGCCGUUGCCACCAGACAGCAAUGUUGAAAGCACACUGAUCUGGUACAAAGCCAGUGAUAAGGGAAAUUUCAUUCUCUGGGCUGAAGCACUCGAUGCCUUCCUCCAAGCGUAUGAACCACCGAAACCUGGUACCACUGGGUUGGCUGCUCAGUACCAGGAGAACAGAGUGCCCUGUUCAUAUGGAAAUCCACCACCUGCUGGAAAAGCCUGCAUAGUCGAACUCGAGAAAUUUUCACCGUGCCUCAAGCAAAAUAAAUACAUGUAUGAUAAAUCUCAGCCUUGUAUCUUCUUGAAGCUCAAUAAGAUUUUCGGUUGGCAACCGGAAUUUUUCAACGACACAGAGAACCUCCCGGAUAAUAUGCCCCAGGACCUGCAGAAUCGCAUAAAAACAGCAAAAAUGCGAAAUCCUAAGGAACUGGAGACGAUUUGGGUAUCAUGCGAGGGUGAAAAUCCUGCUGACGUUGAAAAUAUCGGCCCUAUCCAGUAUAAACCUAGUUCGGGAUUCCCAGGUUACUAUUUCCCAUACACAAACAGUCCGGGUUAUCUCAGCCCGUUAGUGGCUGUCUGGUUUGAAGCGCCAAAGCGCAAUGUUCUUAUCAAUAUCGAGUGCAAAGCGUGGGCCAAAAACAUUAUCCACGACCGUUUCGAGAGGCGUGGAUCAGUUCACUUCGAGUUGAUGGUGGAUUAAAAAGUUUUCCAUAAAAAAAAAUGAAUCAUCAAUGACGAAUGACCAUAAAACUACACCCCCAUUAAACAAAAUAAAAAAAAAUUAAAAAAUGAAAUCUAAAAACUCAUAACAGCAAUUACCAAAAAAAUAAAAAAAUAUCCCAAACUCAUCGAUAAAUACGAUUCGAACUCGUACUAAUCACUUGAUCCUGAUGAGAAAUACUAAUUAAUGAUAAAGUGUCGGGAAAAUCGUACCACCUUUCCCCAUUCGAGUGAUAAAAAAUGAUUGUACCUCUACAUAUUAUGGCACAAUUCAUUACACCAUCUUAUGGUAUAAUUAAUUACCGCUCGUUUUAUUACAGCAAAAAAUCAUCGACUCAUUUAAUCACACGAAAAACAAUAACAUUAACCCACCAGAAAUUACAUACUCAACAAUGAAAAAUAAACAAAACAAAAACAAAAGAUUUAAAUUGGCAAAAGGAACUGCGAAGAUUAAAAAAAAAUGGAGAGAUACGUGAUAUAAAUAAAAAUAUUGCGUUGUAAUAAAUUAGUUAUGUGAUAAGUAAUGCUGUAAUGAAUUGUCCGUGUAAUAAAAUUUUGUAAUAAAAUGUAACGUAAUGAGAUGUGACCGUAAUGAGUAGAGGUGAUACCAUAAGAAAUUGAUCAUAGAUCAUUGAUCACUAUUAUUAUCGUUGUUCACUGCCGAUCUCAAUGUUCUUCUUCGUCGACAAUUUCAGAUGCCUCCUUACCAUCCUAAAAUGAUAAUAAAUUAAAAUAAUAAGUAUCAGAGAGCACAAAAAAUCAUUGGAGUAAAGGAGAUAAUUCGGGAGUGAAAGGAUAAAUCGAGAGUUAUUUGAUAAUUGUACGAUUGGUGUAUUGAUCUCUCGAGGUAUUUCCAGUUAGUUAAAUAUUUGAAGAUCUUUCGAUCUUAUCAAUUCACUUUGGAAUGUUAAAUACUCACCAUUUCACUUCAAGCACAAAAAUAAUGUCGACGCAGAGGAGUGAAAUCUAGCAGUUUUUGGAAUGGUGGUGUGAUUUUUUUUUCAUGAUGAUGGAUACAUUUUUUUAUGUGCAUCGUUACUUUGUUUAUUCAACCGAAUACGUGUUAAUUUGUAAUACUCCGUAUUACACCGAUAAUGAUAACGCUUUAUGUUCAUAAUUUUAAGGGGAAUUAAUUAUUUACAUAUUAACACUAACGACGUUUUACAUCGACUUUCAUUCAAAUGAUGCAAAUGAGAA